AUGGAGCAACUCUCUGUAGCCACCACAUUGUUCACUGAAGUCCCUUUAAUCGACCUAUCAAAACCCGACUCUAAAAAUCUCAUCGUUAAGGCCUGCGAAGAAUUCGGAUUCUUCAAACUAAUCAAUCACGGCAUCCCAACUGAAUUCAUUGCCAAAUUAGAAUCAGAAGCCAUGAAAUUUUUCUCCCUGCCGCUCUCUGAGAAAGAAAAGGCAGGCCCUCUUGACCCUUUUGGCUAUGGAAACAAGAAAAUUGGCCACAAUGGCGAUGUGGGUUGGGUCGAAUACAUCCUAUUAACCACGAGUAAUGAAGCAAAUUACCAGAAGUUUUCAUCCAUCUUCGGCGAAGCUGCAGAGAAAUUUCGUUGUGCAGUGAAUGAAUAUGUGUCAGCAGUCAAGAAAAUGGCUUAUGAGAUUCUUGAAAUGCUUGCUGAUGGAUUGAAGAUUCAACCAAGGAAUGUUUUUAGUAAACUUCUGAUGGAUGAAGAGAGUGACUCUGUUUUUAGGCUCAAUCAUUACCCUCCACGCCCAGAGCUUCAUCAAGAAACGAAUGACACGAAUUUGAUUGGAUUUGGAGAACACACAGACCCUCAAAUCAUUUCGGUUUUGAGAUCGAACAACAUAUCUGGCCUUCAAAUCUCGUUGAAAGACGGGAAUUGGAUAUCCAUCCCACCAGAUCAAAGUUCGUUUUUCAUUAAUGUUGGUGACUCGUUACAGGUUAUGACGAAUGGGAGGUUUAAGAGUGUAAGGCACAGAGUGAUGGCGAACAGUUCAAAAUCGAGGCUUUCGAUGAUUUAUUUUGGCGGACCUCCUUUGAGUGAAAAAAUAGCUCCAUUGCCUUCAUUGAUGAAAGGAGAAGAUAGUUUGUACAAGGAGUUUACAUGGUACGAGUAUAAAAAAUCGGCAUACAAGUCGAGAUUGGCCGAUAAUAGGUUGGGCCUAUUCGAGAAAAUUGCAGCGUCGUAA